AUGACGGCUCCAUGGACGGCAUCGCAGGCGGAAUUCCCGAAGUCUGUGCACGCGCUGAUGGCGCUGUGGGGCGGGUUCAGCGAGCCGCAGCAGGCGGUCGACGGGUGUCUCGAGAAGCGACUCGAGUUGGACCUCCGCCGCCCCAUCGAUCCCGCCAGCGUCGACCCGCAGACACUCGUCGACGCCAUGCAGCCAACCGGUGACGGACUUCUUCACCACCGCGUCAACAGCAGCGGCCGCGUUCUCACCUUCCAUCACAGUAUCAUGCUGCUGACGGAGAGACGCGUACUGGUGGUAUCAGAUUCCUCCGUGCUCCUACACGCCGCACUAAGACCGCUCAUCAACCUCGUACAACAAUGGGAAGUAGAUGUUGAGUGGGCUUCUUUCAUGCGCAUGAAUCUCGCUUCACCGUGGAGUCCAAAAUGUGAGAUUAGUGAUAUCAUGGCACAGGAGUAUGCGGAGCUCAAGUCGGUGUUUCCAUCUGGACACCCUUAUUUGACAGGUCCAGUUGAUCGCGAUCAUUUUUUCUACUUUGUUUAUGACAAUAUUGAACGCAAAAUACCAAAUGCGCGGCGUGAAGAGGAUGUGCAGAUUAAUAUAUAUAUGCAUAAUAUUAAUGUCCCAUGUCAGGACGGGAACAUCAGCUAUGAAUCUCUAAAAAACAUACAAGAGGUGGAACCGUUGCCAUGCGCAACAGAGUACGAAGUACUACGAAUUUCUGGAGAAGAAAAUGGCACCUCUUUCGUUUCUUUUGAAACAAAUGCAGCUGAUGCUGAACCCAGCAACAAAAGAGUGCUGGAAAAUAUUGAGCGGUUCGCCCCUGAUCGUUUCUCGAUGGUGGUGUUACAGGACCGUGAUGGCCAUCUUGCAAACCGACGACAUGUGUUUGGGGAAGUGAGGGGUUACAGUAUUUUGAGCCGCGCUGUAAACCACUUCGGUGAGGGUUACGCAUUUCACCAAGCCGUUUAUGUUCGAAAUGCGUAA